AUGCCUCAUUUGAUUAAAAAGGAGAUUUCAUUAAACAAUCUGGUUGGAAUUAGACUGAAUCGACACUACCCUUCUAUCAGCCACCUCUUCUUUGUAGAUGACUCUUUAGGUUUUACCAAACUAAAUUCAAGUACAUCGGGAGUUAUCACAAGAACUCUUCAAACCUAUAGGAAAAUCAGUGGGCAAAUCAUUAAUUUGAACAAAUCUUCAGUCUGCUUCAGCAACAACACGAAUGAUUGCAUAAUUGGUAGUCUUCUGAGGAACCUUAAUAUCUCCCUGAUGCAACAUGGUGAUAGAUAUCUAGGUCUACUAGCUCAGUUUCUUGAGUCCAAAAAUGUGACCUUUGCUGGCCUACUGAACUCCCUCCAAUCCAAGCUAAGUGAAUGGAAAGAGAAGUUUCUUUUGCAAGGAGGGAAAUAA